AUGACCGCUUACCAUGCUUGCUUAAAUGAGAGAAGUGGAGUUAUGAGGUAUUUUUGUGGUACUCGCAGGUACCCUGUCAAAUAUCGCAUACCGCAAGUUGUCUGGCGAGGUAGCUCCACCGGCAAAGUAGAACGCCCUGUCAGCUUGGAAACGUGCAUGAAGCUGAAACGCGUGCGCCUUCACCUCCUUGCUCGGGAACAUCCGGACCUGCUCGAUGUGAAGCUCAACAGGUUGAAUCAGGAAUGCAAAGGGAUUCUGGGACCCAUUGUUAACGACACUGGCGGCUAUAUACACCCCGAGGAUUACAACAAGUACUGUGUCAUCCUAGACGUCGAUGGCAACACCUGGUCUGACCGCUUCGCCUCGCGCCUGGUUCACUCCUCAACCCCAAUUCUGAAGCUCGCCAGCAACUACACAAGCCACGUGGACCAUUUUUUCGCGCCAGGUGUAACUCUGGAAGAGUUUGACGGCAGUCUGAGCACAGUGGUUGAAACAGCCCGCAGGAUGGUGGAGGACUGCAAACAGAAUGCGGAGUUCUCUCGAGGGCAAGCUCUUGCGCGCCAAUCACAGGAGACGGCGCGAGAGCUUUUGGACCACAUCGGCGUCGUACGGUCCAUGGCGUACGGACUAGUGCAGUACCAGCGGCUGCUUGACUUUCCUUUCAACAGUUCCUUAGAGGGAUUUCAGAAAGUUGACAGGGAGUGCUGUAGCUACAUGAAUUUUCCCGUUGAAUUUGCUGAGGAGCUCAAAAGCGCACUGUGA